AUGACGAUGGUGACGGACCCGACUCUCGACGAUGACAGGUGGGGAUUGUUUGUAAUGUACAAGCGCAAGUUUUGGUUCGAAGAGAACGAUUAUGACGUCCCUGAAUCCUAUUUCUACCAGAAUGGCGAGGAGAUUAAGCCCAAUACCAUCGAGCUGGUCAAGAAAUUCCUCAAACAAGUCCGCGAAUCCAGGGGUUAUGACGUGGAUUGCUACCCGCCUCCGAUGUUUGAAUCUCCAUUCUCACCACUUCCACUGGAAGAGAUGCGCAAUAGUGAUAAACGCGGCUAUGCUAGAGUUGUCGGAGCAGCCAAGUUAGCAAUUCAGAAUAUCUGUCAAGAGACUAUGGUGGCCCUGUGCAAACUAUUCAAGCCGAGGUCUGCUACUCCAUUGAUGACCAUCCAAUCCUUCAAGAGUGGAGGUUCAAACCACUCCCUGCUCAAAAUGCCUCUGACCAAGGUGCUUGGAAAUAUAAAGGCACGGGGCCAACUUCGUAUCAAGUGCAAGGAAGGCAUCAGUAAGGGCACAAAGGAAUCUAAACCAACCAUAGUGAGAAAGCUGCUGCUCGAUGCUUCGGAGAUCGGAGGAGUUUACCCAGCGACAGAGAUAGCUUGAUGGAAACCCUCGUUUUUUCUCCAAAUGCUUAUUUUUUCGUUACUUUCUGUGGAUCUGUAAAAAUUAUUAUGUUAUUACUGUCUUCUCGAGGAAUGACUUCCUCUGUAUUAGAAACUGCACCUAGUAAAUACUUUUGUUGAUAUGGAGUUGUACUUUUUUUUCCAAUUUAAAACCAUUUGUUUAUGUUUAUUGUACACACAAACAAACAAAAAAAGGAUAUAUUUGAAUCUUGAGAGACUGCUUAGAUAGGCAUUUUCUUCUGUAGGGGUGAUAUUAAGCAUGUUGAGUUGUUUGGUAAUAUUCUGUCUCAGUAUGGGCAUGACUCGGGUAAAUCAGUCGACUUUGACAAAUCUUCUAUCAUGUUUUCAAAAAAUACUCAGGAAGGACUCAUUAAAAACAUAUGUUCUACCUUGUCUGGAAUCUCUAGAGUGGAGUCCUCUAAGUACCUAGGGUUGCCUUUAGGCAUUGGGAGUUAUGAGGGGGAGGUAUUUGUUGGGAGUUACAGAGCUCAUCCAACAGGUCUUUGAUCCUUCUGAAGCCGCACUAAUCCUCAAGUUACCCCUAUCUUCUCAUGGUGGUUCUGACAAACUUAUCUGGCAUGUGAGCCCCAAAGGUAUGUUCUCAGUAAAAGCAGUGUACAAAACAAUUCUUGAUUCUAUAGUUACUGCUCAGGCAGAGGCAAGCUCUAGUAUGGUUCCUGUAGCUCUGACCCGUAUGUGGAAACUGACUUGGAAGUUGCCUGUUAAGCCUAAGGUGAGAACUUUUUUGUGGAGGUGUUGGCAUGGUUAUAUUAGCACUAAGGCUCAGCUGGGGAAGAGGGGAAUGGAUGUAGACUUGGUGUGUGCUGUCUGUGAGGAUGGUGUAGAAGAUCUUAAUCAUGUUCUUUUUAACUGUCCUAAGGCUAAAAUUUGUUGGAAGCUCAGUGGGGUUUUUUGGAAAAAUCAGGAUGCAAUGGCAAGUAAUUUUCAGAAGUGGUGGUAUGAGCUCUGUAAUGCAUGUUUAAUGAAGCUGAAGAAGGAUAGGAUGUGCCUCUCUGCUUUCUUGUUGUGGAAUAUGUGGAAGGCCAGAAAUAAAUGCGUGUUCAAGGGAGAUUGGAUACAUGAGAGGGUGAUAGUGGAAGAAGCUAAAGCAGAAUGGUUAGAGUGGAGUGGUAGGUUAGAUUUGGUUGCUAUUCUUCAGGACUCAAGUGCGAAGAUGAUUAUGCCUUCAUCCGAAGUAGGUCAGCUAUUAAUGACUACAAGUUCUUCUUUUUCUGUGGAGAAGGUGACUUAUUUGUCCUGCUCUAUUCAUCUAAAAGAGUCUACAACUCUGAACUAUCAGCAGCAACUCCAAGGAGCAGGAAAUCAGAUGGAAGCUUGCAUCCUUGUAGUCAAAUGGUGUCUUCGUAAAGCUAAUGAGAUGAAGAUUUGUGAAUUCAAUUGUGUGAUAGAACCAGAUGACUUGGUGGAAGCUAUUUCUAAUAGGAAGGUCCCUGAAGGAGUAGAGGAAGAGCUUAUGGUUGAGUUGUUUGGUCUUUUGUAUAGCUGUUAUGUUAGGGUAAUCUCUUGUUUUUAGUUGGUGUUUUUGGUGUUGUAGUUGUAUGGCUUUAUUGCCUUGUAGGGCCUGGCUGUGCUCUUGCCCGUUCAUUUGGUGUAUUUAGUUAGGAGACAUAGAUGGUUUAGUCAUUUGGCUAUGCAUGUAUCAGUACUGUGUAUGAUUUUGAGUUUUAUCAAUUUCUUUGUUGCCG